AUGGUUCUACCGACGGGUAACGAUCGCGCUAUCCAUUUGGCUCGAGAGGCUGUCGAACUAGUCGACGCCGGUCACAAAGAGGCUGCGUCAAGGAAUCUCCGAGAAGCUCUUUCCAUCGCCCCCGAACAUCCGGAAGUCAGGUCGGCUUUUCUGAAAAUCCAACAGGAAGAGGGGAAUGGCCACCCGCUCCUCGACUUCUGUCAACGUUACACAACGCGCCAGGAUGAGUCCGCCGAGAAUGUUGCGCUGGAUUGUCUCAAGUUGCUUCUGAGUCAGCGCGCCCAUGCUCUUUCGGAGACUCAGGACGAGAUUAUCUCGGGCCUGGUGCGGCAGAAUGCGAGCGUCCGCCAGUACUUCUCAACCCAACUGCAGAUCUCUGUGACGACAUUCUUUGACGAGAUCUACGACCGAGGCGAUGGCGCGGCGGUUUGUCUGGAUACUGUGGUCUUGGACCCGGCGGUGUGGCCCUCCGAGGAGACGCGCCGCCAUUGCGAAAGUGAACUCUUCCAACUCUUCCUGGCGAAGUUGAUGGAAUCGGGUCACGAUCUAGAUGGUCGUUCUCUGAAAGGUAUCACGAGGCUGCUCGCUGUGGACGCGGGGCAGCUGCAGCAUCUGGUUGAUGAGGAGAGUUUCGAGGUCAUUUUGACUUCGUUGGACCACAGACUGCCACUCGAGCUUCGCAGCCAGGCUACGCUGGCGACGGCGAAAUACCUAGAAGCUGCCAAAGAAACUGGCGAGAAGCAAUUCGCUGGGCUGGUCUUGACGAUACUAGCCAAGGGCCGUUUGGAUGACUACGUCAUUGCUUUCUCCGCCGUGGCCGCUGUCUUUCCAGUAGCCCAGGCAGCAGCAGCAAAUGUUUUUUUGUCGGAGGAGUUCAUGGGCGCCUUGACGUCUCUAGCGACACGAGAUGCAAAGCGCAGGAAAGUCGAGAUCGCAGUGCUUGAGCUGCUCAACGCUGCAUGCGUAAACCGGCCCUGCAGAGAAGCAGUUACCAAGAACUUCUCCGAGUGGCUGUCACACAGCCUGACCAACGGCAGUGAUGAAGGCUCAGAAUUGGCCGCUGUCAUCUUAGCCAAGAUUCGGGCAUCCGAAACAGUCCAACCGCCAGCUGAGAUCAGCAAGGUGGAAGAUGCGGACACCGGGGUUUCUGAGUUGGUGCAGCGAUUCAAGGGACUGAUGUCCGAGUCAAAGACCGAAAACAUCGCUCAUCCAAUUGAAGGACUGGCUUAUUCGUCGGUCAAUCCCUCCGUUAAAGAGCAGUUGGCAAAGGAUCCUUCGUUCAUGCGUGAUUUGAUCUCUGUCUUGAAGAAGCACACAACCAAUUCUUCUAAAAUGUCUCAAUUGAAGGAUUACGCGGAUGCAUCUACCGGCAAGGCCAGGGCUGCUCCAAAUCCGCUUGAUGAAGAGGAUGCUGUGGUUGCCCGCUGUGGCGCUGUUAUACAAGCGGGAGCAAUGAGUCUCCUAGUGGAGUGUGGCAAGCUCGCAAUGCCAUCCGUUCAUGACCUUACAGCCCAAAUUUUGUUGGCCCUGACUAGACCACAGAAAUCGCGCGGAACUCUGGCUCAGCAGGGUGCUGUGAAGCUGUUGCUUGGACUGGCUAUCCCUAAACAGGGCGAUGCCAUUGUUGUCACUGAGACUACCAAGAACGCAUCACAUGCACUUGCACGUAUUCUCAUCUCUGUUGACCCAUCACACGUCUUCCCGUCGUCUGGUUUCCCUCAGGCUACUUCUGCUGUGCGACCCCUCCUUUCACUUCUCACAUCUCCUGAAACGGCAUCUUUCUCAGCCGAUCAGCCUCGUGAUCUUCUGCCAGUCUUUGAGAGUCUCCUAGCUCUCACCAAUCUUGCGUCUCAUCCUACUGAUGACUCGCCCGCGGAACUCACUGUCCGGGAAGGCUGGCCUGCAAUCGAAGACCUUCUCCUUUCUGGUCAUUCUCGUGUACAGCGCGCUGCCUGUGAGCUAGUGUGCAAUCUGAUGACCUGCGAGUCCGGCAUCGUUAAAUUUGCCGAUGGCUCGAAACGUGCUGCACAGCGGCUUCACGUUCUCCUGGCUCUCACCGAUGCAGAUGAUUUACUCACCCGCCGCGCUGCUGGCGGAGCGAUGGCCAUGCUGACAGGAUACGAUGCGGCGGUAGCCGCAGUGCUGGACCGACCUCGCGGGGUGGAUCUCCUGCUCGGAAUGUGCAAAGAGGACGAUGAACCUAUUCUUCACCGUGGUGCAGUAUGUGUGCAGAACCUGACUUGCACAGCAUCCGGUGAUAUCGGCGCUCGAGCCAAGACAGCUGUCCGAGCUGCUGGUGGUGUCGAGGUCCUGACUGAGUGCAUCAAGAAAACAUCAAAUCCUGCCGUGAUACAGGCUGCCGUUGAGGCGCUGAAGCCACUCGUGGGGCAACAGAAGUAG